GCUAGUGCGAGAGACCUGGAAGAAAAGUUCGAGACGCAAAGCUGGCAGACCACCACAACAAUCAGCCACACACGAUGAAGGUCGGAAAGCCAAAAUCGAAGCGCCAGCCCGUGCGCCUGCGACACAAGAUCGAGAAAGCGUCCGCGCAAAAGCAGAAGAAGGCGAAGAAGCUCGCGAAGAAGAACCCAGAAUGGCGCUCGAAGGCAAAGAAGGAUCCUGGAAUCCCGAAUCUGUUCCCAUACAAGGACAAGAUUCUCGCAGAGGUCGAAGAGCAGCGCAGGCAGAAAGAGGAGGAAGUCGUUCGCCGCCGCGAGCUCGCCAAGCAGCAGAAGGCCAACGGCGGAGCUUCUGCGGACGUUAUGGCGGACGAUGACGAAGAAUUCGAGCAGUUCGACGCUGAGGGAGACGAGCUUCUGGCCGAGGACAGCGACGAGGACGACUCCAUGCAGGUGGACACGAAUCCUAUGGCUGCCCUACUGGCAUCGGCCAAGGCCCGCGCCGCCGAGUUCGAUUCGAAGAACAGCAACGACGAAGACAUGGACACAGACGAGUCUGACGAGGGGGGUGCUUCGGGUGUCCGUAAGGAUGCGUCGAGGAAGCAGUUCGACAAGAUCUACAAGCAGGUUGUCGACUCCGCAGACGUUGUUCUUUACGUACUCGAUGCACGAGACCCGAUAGGAACACGGUCGAAGGAGGUGGAGCAGCUUGUCAUGUCGGCCGACGGUGGAAGUAAGCGUCUGAUCUUCAUCCUGAACAAGAUCGAUCUGGUACCACCUCCAGUCCUCCGCCAGUGGCUCGUCAACUUGCGCCGAUCAUUCCCCACACUUCCGCUGCGCGCUUCGAAGCCUGCGCCGAACGCAAAGACCUUCGAGCACAAGGAUCUUACAAUGAAAGGCACAUCUGAGGCGCUCUUCAAGGCUCUCAAGACAUUUGCCGAGUCUCGGCAGCUGAAACGCUCCAUCAAGGUUGGAAUCAUUGGGUAUCCCAAUGUUGGUAAAUCGUCAGUCAUCAACGCUCUGGCUCAGAGAAUGGGUGGACGAGUUGGUGCUUGUCCAACUGGUGCAGAGGCUGGUGUCACUACAAGUCUGAGAGAAGUCAAGCUCGACAACAAGCUCAAGUUGCUCGACUCGCCUGGUAUUGUGUUCCCCAACGACGCAGAGGGCACAAAGGAGAACAAGGUGCAGCAGCAGGCUCGACGCAUCUUGUUGAACGCCGUACCACCUAGGGAAAUCACCGACCCUGUGCCCGCUGUCACACUUCUGCUGAAGAGGCUAUCAGGAUCAGAGGAGCUUUUCGGAAAGCUCAUGGAAGUCUACGACCUACCUGCCCUCAAUGGGUCUGGCAAGGAGUUGACAACAGACUUCCUGAUUCAAGUUGCACGCAAGAGAGGGAGACUUGGUAAGGGCGGUGUUCCCAACUUACACAGCGCGGCAGCGACCGUCAUCAACGACUGGAGAGACGGACGCAUCCAGGGUUGGACCGAUCCUUCGAAGUACAAGCCUGCUGAACCAGCGGCAUCGACCAAGACUGCGCCUGCCUCCAAGUCUGCUGGACUUGUUGGAGACCAGAAGGAGAUUGUCACGCAAUGGGCUGCUGAGUUCAAGCUGGACGGUCUGUGGGGUGAUGAACCUGAGGCUGUUGAGGCUAUGGAAGAGUAAAGCAUUUUUGACGAAAAAGUCGAGUAUGACGAAACGGCGUUUGGCUUUGAUGGACCAUUACGCAUUUGCUGGGUCAGGAUCUCAUAGGUAUAUAUCACGACGAUACCAAUGCAUGCUUCGAGGUCACUUAAAUUUCGACGAUGCAAACCGCACUACAACUCCGUUCUGUACACGGCUUUUGCGCUUCGUGGAGAACUUUCCGCUAAUACUCAGAUCAGAAACGUAGUCGCAAUUGAUCAUCCGACU